AUGGCUGACUUUCCAUGUGAAAACAGAACGCCUCAACUGGCUGCUGCUGCCAGAGGUGGCUGGACGGGCUUCAAAGCUGUUGUGGAUUCUCCGAAGAAUAGCCGUUCCAGUGAAGCAUUCAUCAUGGAUAAACUCACUUCCGCCUUGAGUCCAAGAAUCCAUUUUGUAGGCAAUUCACUCAGGCUCGCGAUUCGAAAUGCUUCACCAAUUCUUUCGUUCGCUUACAACCGUGAACCCCUUUUCUCUUCCUCUUUCCGUCCACUAAAGACAACAACAAAAGCCGUCAUCAUGGCAACCGGCAACCCCACACCCCACAAUAUUCCAAGCUUUCCAGCUCUUGUUGGAGGAACCCCACCUCUCAAAACAAUCAUUGACGACAAAUCUCCGCAUUGUAUCCCAUUCAUUCUCUCGCGUCUCCAUGACUACCUCCAAGAUCCCUCCAGUCCAAAUCGUCCUUUUAUCAUAGGACUCAAUGGUGUACAAGGAGCUGGCAAAACCACCCUGGUGUCUAAGCUCGCGGAAACGCUGCUGGAAAAAGAGGGGCUGGAGACUUUGGUGUUGAGUAUAGAUGAUCUCUACCUCCCACGAGAAGCCCAGAUCAAAUUAGCAACAGAGAAUGCGGAGAACAAACUCGUACAAUACCGGGGAGAACCUGGUUCGUCCAUCUAUCGAGAGAAAGGUGAGUCGGUGGGGUAUUGCUAACCAGGUGGCAGGGACACACGAUAUGAUACUCGCUCGUCAAGUGAUUGCAUCCCUUCUCUCCAAUAAAGAGACCAAGAUCCCGAGUUAUGAUAAAUCUCUCCAUCAGGGACUAGGCGACCGCGCACCUUCUUCUAGUUGGCACACAGUAAACGGCCCCGGAAGCCCUCCAAUUCGAGUCAUCAUACUCGAGGGCUGGUGUAUCGGGUUUCGUUCUCUUCCAUCUGCUACUGUUGCCUCGAAACGAGAGGCUCCAUCUCUCACUUUCGCAGACCACAAAUUAGAAGAUUUAUUGUUUGUGAAUGAAAAGCUGAAAGAGUAUGACGUUUUGACGGAUGAGUACAAUGCGUUUAUCCAUAUUGAUGCCGAGGACACAAGAUGGGUCUACGAAUGGAGAGAGCAGCAGGAAGCGGAAUUAAGGAGAGUUAAAGGGACUGGCAUGAGUAUGGAACAGGUAAGGAACUUUGUAGAUGGAUAUUUUCCAGCAUACGAAUUAUUUGUGGAUGGUGUGAGGGAGGGCGUGAUAAAGGAGAAAGGAAAGCAAUUGAGGUUAGUUGUGGGUAGGGAUAGAAAGGUAAAAGAAGUCAUUGAAAUUUAAUAGAGUGGACUACGAGCCCUAAAACAUGAAAAACGAUAGAGCACACUUUCCUGUAAUUACCGUGAGCAAUUCUCAAAUCAAUAGGAUGCUUGUGGAACUUACAUAUUUACAUAAUAAUACUACGUACUUCUUGUUACCCUUUGAAAACAUGCUCUUUAAAUAAUCCGCCCAACAUAAGCUGUAAAGGACCAUUAGAUUCUUCAGAAAUCGUCAUAGGUACUUUGUCACAUUGAGAUUGAAAUGAAAAUCAAAGCAAAUAUGUUAACAAAAUGGAAUCGUUAAUGAUGAAUAGAUCUAUCCUGUAUUCACUGCUGGUUUUGGGAUAGAUAACCGAGGCACUGGAGGAACUAUCGGAUUUAAGUUUCCCAACCACGCUAACAACACCCCACAACCUCACCGCUCUACACCCCUCCUCCUGCGAUUAUCAUCAAGUAUCUCUGAUUGGGAUUUGCAGUAAUUGAAGCUUUCUGGCUGAAAUCAUUUGGCAGGUCCGCCUGAUCUGUCACGAUGGGAAGAAAACCAAAUCGUAAGUGUCUUUAUUUCUCCUAUUGCUCCACCACAUCGUCCAGAGUCAUCCAGUCCACCGACCGUCUGCCUGUUAUUGACAAGAUCUGAUGCGCCAACCUCAAUAUGGAAUUCUGCCAGGAUUAAAAGUUAAGAUAGCUGUUACUGACCGCAUCUAGCUCUGAUCAGCGAACACUUCGAACGCGGAAGCAAGUUGAACGAUCAAUCGAAUCGAUACCAGUACACAUGUAGAAACUGCGGUGUCUUUUUCGCAAAGGGCAGAUGCGAUGCGCUGAUGGCUCACUUGAUUCGAAAAUGUCCAAAUCUACCCCAGCAUGUUAGAGAUACCGCGAUAUUGGCACAAAAUGGACUUCCCAAUGAUGGCACAUACACAAUUCAAGGUCCCCCGAAUCGCCCUAUUGUACCCGCGCAAAACGGCUUCAGUUUGAGUGCCCUCGAGGUCCUGGCCGAGGUGUCCAAGAACUUUGAGCAACCACAUAAUCAAGCAGGAGGAAGCCCGGCUCAUGCUUCUUCAAAUCACCUGAAGCUUCAAGAACAAUAUACUUUAGAUAAUCCGCCAGUCAGCUAUGAACAGCGCGCCUCACGAGAGAAGAAGAGUAAGGGCUCGAACGUCCAUUCAGCUACGAAAAGCUAAUUAAUUCCUUUAGUCCUGGAGCAGCAACGACGAGAACAACAAAUGAUGAUUGAGGCUGCCAAAGCUCGCGCCUUUAACACGAGUCUACACAAUGGUCAUUCUCCCGGGAUGGAUGUUCCGCCUCACUCGAUCAACCAACACCCUCCUUCAUUUGGAAGCAGCAGCAGCCUGCCCUCACACACACAUUCUAUGUAUAAUCCGGCCUCUCGCUCCUCUUCACCAAAUAUAGCAAUGGCAGCAAAAGCAACCUCGAUGGCGCAGCUUGCUUCUGCCAGCUUCAGCCCGAAUAUGCUUGACCCAGAAUUAGUAAACCACGAGCCACCCAUGACCUCUCAUAUCCCCAUCACUUCUGGAGAAAGAGAUUUUGUACAGGCUAUUCAAGAAGCCAAUGCUUCCAUGCCUGACAGUUUCGUUCAUCAUCCCUCUGGGGACGCAGCAUCUCCGUGGAGGGAAGGAUCGGUUCACAACAACUUCCAGGAGCAGCAAGUCCGAGAGAGCAUUGAGCCUGUACAACAAUUAAGAUUUCAAUCUCCUCAAGUCCCUUCUGUAGAGUCUAUGACCACAGAAUUCAGUGCAGAGCCAGGAGAUGGAAAACGAAAUUCAAACAAAAAAUCACAGAAAUCCCGAUCCAAGUUCAGCCAUUCACGGCGUCUUGCAGUGCAAAGCAUUCGGAAGCUGGGCGCUUGUACUCGGUGUAGGUUCCUAAAGAAAUGCUGUGGGGAAGGCACACCUUGUCAGACCUGUAAAGACGUUGACUGUGCUCGCGUUUGGAAGAGUGAGUGCUCCCGCAAGCGGCUUCCCGCAGAAAUGGGUAUGUUUGCUGCAGGUAUGCAUCAGCAUCUUAUGACAAACAAUCUCAAAGCAGCGAUGGAUCAAACCAAAUUUCAGGCAUGUGCAGUAGAGAUUGACGCCUCGCUCCACCCCGAAACCCAAAUUUUCGCCAGUUUCAAGGUUCUUGAAGGCCAAGCUACGGUUGACGCAAAUAUGGAUCCGGCAAUGGGAGAGAGUUUUGAAAAUCAGACUGUAUAUAUCCUUGAUCAAGAUAAUGAUGAUCUAGGAGCAAAGAUGGACGUUUAUACCCGACAGAUGCAAUCUUACUUCUUUCAACACGAACCCUCUGAGUUCAUGAGAACUACAUUGGAUACUGUUGUCAACCUAACCUCUAUAAAUGCACUUCAUCGAGAAACUCUCAACAAAGCACUGGAGCUUUGGGGUACGGUACAUAUCCUGGUGGACCAUGAGGUAAGAUGGAACUUGACAUCAAGAUUCGGUGGUCAAAACCCAGUAGGCGGUGGAGAGGUAAUCGAUGGACGAUCCUGGCGCCUCGUCAAUUCACAGCUCGGCUCCGUUGUCGAAAGAAAAGCUGCACAACUUACGAAAGAGGUUCUAGCGAAUAUUGAAAAACAUCUUCUGGGUCAGGGUUUCAGACAAUCCUUCGAGAUCUUCCUGACUGGUAUCCUUAUCCUCAACUGCCUGGAAAAAUGUACAUGGUUCUUCAAUUUUUGGGAGCAAGAAAAUCUUCUCAAGGACUGGCCACUCGCCCAACCACCAUUUCAAUUUGCUACACAAGCUGAAGAUGUCACUAAUAUGCUCAAUAUGCUUUUACAUUUGAAGAAUGUUACACCUGUUGUUACCUUCACCCCCGAUGGCGUUAUCCACACCGACAUUUCCGAGGUUCAUAGAAACUUCUUCCGCAAGCUUUAUGUCACUGGUACGUCUUCUUCGCACCCAUGACAUUCCUACUUCUAUCCUCAGAUUUACAUAAGCUAACAUCCCUAACUUAGAGGAACAAGUCUCCCGAGCUCGCAACCAACCACAAUUCGACCCCGUCAAUUCUCGUUGCUACGAACUCCGAUACCUCGGCCGACUACUGCUUAACGAACCCGGUGAUGAAGGGAAAUCGCCGUAGAACGAGCGCUUUUUGGUGUUUGAUUUUUGGGGAUGAUGAGAAAUGGCAUGG